AAAAAAAAAAAAAAAGGCAACUCAAGCAAGACUCGUCGGGACCAAAUCGUUUUACGCCGCGAGGACCGGAUUCCACGGCGGACUUUGAGACUUGUGCGGGCGCUCGCUCGCUCGCUCGCUGCGGAGUGGCCGUGCAAACUCAGCCCUGCCGAGGUUGGCCCAGGGGUCGCCUCCUCCACCGCGUCCUCGAUGCGCUCUGCUGAGUGAGCCGCGCGCCCUCCUCCUCUUCGCCGCGCGCCCUCUGCUCUCCGGCCCGCCCGCCAAUGGCUUCGUUCCCGGAGACCGACUUCCAGAUCUGCCUGCUGUGCAAGGAGAUGUGCGGCUCGCCCGCGCCGCUCUCCUCCAGCUCGUCCGCCUCGUCGUCGUCCUCGCAGACGUCCACGUCGUCGGCGGGCGGCGGCGGCCCCGGGGCGGCGGCGCGGCGGCUUCACGUCCUGCCCUGCCUGCACGCCUUCUGCCGGCCGUGCCUCGAGACGCACCGGCUGCCCGCCCCCGGCGGCGCCGGCCCCGCGGAGGCGCUCAAGCUCCGCUGCCCGGUGUGCGACCAGAAGGUGGUCCUGGCCGAGGCGGCGGGCAUGGACGCGCUGCCGUCGUCCGCCUUCCUGCUCAGCAACCUGCUGGACGCCGUGGUGGCCACCGCGGACGAGCCGCCGCCCAAGAACGGGCGCGCGGGCGGCGGCCCCGGGGGCGCGGGCGGCCACAGCAACCACCGGCACCACGCGCACCACCCGGCCCAGCGCGCCGCCGCUCCCGCGCCGCAGCCGCCGCCCGGCCCGGCCGCCUCCCCCGGCUCGCUGCUGCUGCGCCGGCCGCACGGCUGCAGCUCCUGCGACGAGGGCAACGCCGCCUCGUCCCGCUGCCUCGACUGCCAGGAACACCUGUGCGACAACUGUGUCCGCGCGCACCAGCGCGUACGCCUCACCAAGGACCAUUACAUCGAGCGCGGCCCGCCGGGGCCUGCGGCCGCCUCCGCGGCGCAGCAGCUGGGACUCGGGCCGCCCUUCGCAGGCGCGCCCUUCUCCAUCCUCUCCGUGUUCCCGGAGCGCCUCGGCUUCUGCCAGCACCACGACGACGAGGUACUGCAUCUAUACUGUGACACCUGCUCUGUCCCCAUCUGCAGAGAGUGCACACUGGGCCGCCACGGUGGCCACAGCUUCGCCUACCUCCAGGAUGCCCUGCAGGACUCACGGGCACUUACCAUCCAGCUGCUGGCUGAUGCCCAGCAGGGCCGGCAGGCUAUCCAGCUGAGCAUCGAGCAGGCACAGACUGUGGCAGAACAGGUGGAGAUGAAGGCAAAGGUGGUCCAGUCAGAGGUCAAGGCUGUCAUAGCUCGACACAAGGCGGCCCUGGAGGAUCGUGAGUGUGAGCUGUUGUGGAAGGUGGAGAAGAUCCGCCAGGUGAAGGCUAAGACUCUCUACCUGCAGGUGGAGAAGCUGCGGCAGAACCUCAACAAGUUGGAGAGCACCAUCAGUGCUGUCCAACAGGUCCUGGAAGAGGGCCGAGCCCUGGACAUCCUGCUGGCCCGAGACCGGAUGCUGGCCCAGGUGCAGGAGCUCAAGACCAUCCGGGGCCUCCUGCAGCCCCAAGAAGAUGAUCGAAUCAUGUUCACGCCCCCUGACCAGGCCCUGUAUCUUGCCCUCAAGUCUCUAGGCUUUGUCAGCAGCGGGGCCUUUGCCCCACUCACAAAGGCUACAGGAGACGGCAUCAAGCGAGCCCUUCAGGGGAAGGUGGCCUCCUUCACUGUCAUGGGCUAUGACCACGAUGGUGAGCCCCGCCUCUCGGGAGGUGACCUGAUGUCAGUUGUGGUCCUUGGCCCCGAUGGAAACCUAUUUGGUGCAGAAGUAAGUGAUCAGCAGAAUGGGACUUACGUAGUGAGCUACAGGCCCCAGCUUGAGGGUGAGCACUUGGUAUCGGUGACACUGUACAACCAGCAUAUAGAAAACAGCCCCUUCAAGGUGGUGGUCAAGUCAGGCCGCAGCUAUGUGGGCAUCGGGCUCCCAGGGCUGAGCUUCGGCAGUGAAGGUGACGGUGAGGGCAAGCUCUGUAGGCCCUGGGGCGUGAGUGUGGAUAAGGAGGGCUACAUCAUUGUGGCUGACCGAAGCAAUAACAGAAUCCAGGUGUUUAAGCCCUGUGGCUCUUUCCACCACAAGUUUGGUACCCUAGGUUCUCGGCCUGGGCAGUUUGACCGACCAGCCGGGGUGGCUUGUGACGCAUCCCGCAGGAUCGUAGUGGCCGACAAAGACAAUCAUCGCAUUCAGAUCUUCACCUUUGAGGGCCAGUUCCUUCUUAAGUUUGGUGAGAAAGGAACCAAGAACGGGCAGUUUAACUACCCAUGGGAUGUGGCAGUGAAUUCUGAGGGCAAGAUCCUGGUUUCAGACACCCGAAAUCAUCGCAUCCAGCUGUUUGGACCUGAUGGGGUUUUCCUGAAUAAGUACGGCUUCGAGGGAUCUCUCUGGAAGCACUUCGACUCUCCACGGGGUGUGGCUUUCAACAAUGAAGGUCACCUGGUAGUCACUGAUUUCAACAACCACCGGCUUCUGGUUAUUCACCCCGAUUGCCAAUCUGCCCGGUACUUGGGCUCAGAGGGCACUGGCAAUGGGCAGUUUCUGCGACCACAGGGUGUGGCCGUGGACCAGGAAGGGCGAAUCAUUGUAGCUGAUUCCAGAAAUCACCGCGUGCAGAUGUUUGAGGCCAACGGCAGCUUCCUGUGUAAGUUCGGUGCUCAAGGCAGUGGCUUCGGUCAGAUGGACCGCCCCUCAGGUAUUGCGGUCACCCCGGAUGGAUUGAUCGUCGUGGUGGACUUUGGCAACAAUCGAAUCCUCAUCUUCUAAUUGUGUCUUCUGGGGUUUUCUGUGUUUAGGGUGUGCAUGUGUGUCUCUCAUUUUUGAAUUUCAAAGAAGAAAUCAUCUCAGGGAUAUUUCUUUUUCUCCCCCCACCCCCUUUAUUUUUAUUUUUAUUUUUUUAAAGAACAAAAGUACAACAUUGCCCAAGUCCUACCUCAGCUUAAAUUUUUUUUUUUUGUUGUUUUUGUUUUUGUUUUUUUACAGAUGAAUGUAAUUCUCUUCUGUGCAGGGAUUGAGCCUGUGAUGUGAUAAUUUCUAUCUACCUCAGAUCUUUGCAUUUCCUUCUGUAGCAGGCCUCUUAGCUCCUCUUUGGAGCUCACAUCCUCUUCCCUCCCUAAGGCAUAGAAGGCACAGGCCAGCAGUCCUGCAACCUUGAGGGCACUGGAAGUGUAUGGUGGGGUGCAUUUUGUAGAUUGAGCCAAGGAAACCCAAAAACUACUAAGUAAAAAAGAGAAGUAUAAGAUUUUGGAAAGAUAGGAUUUAAAAUUCGUAACUCUAGCGUGUUUGUGUUCUUGAGAAUACUGUGUUUAUGUGGGGCCAGGUUUUGUGGUCUGCUCUUUUUUUAGGGAAAAAAAAUCUUUCUUUUUUAUCAAUGCAACAGAGCUCUUCUCUGUUUACCUCAGUGUGUCUAACAUCCUCAUCCCUAGGAGAUAUGGCUGUGGCUUGCUAGCCUAGAAAAGCAGACCAUUCAUAUUUUCGGAUGUCUCAUCUUUAUCUCUGGUAAAGAAGGGUGUGUGUGCGGGUACACACACGUUUGAGUUUCAAAGCCAUCUUUUCUUGAGGAGAGAAGCUGGACUUGACACAUGACAUCCCAAGCAAACUUCUUCCCAGUUUGCUAAGAAAAUAGAUUUAGCUCAGGACUGUAGGUUGAGAGUGUUCUCAGAAGUUAAGUAUAUCUGUGUUGAUGUUGUUUGUUAUAAAGACUUAGAUCUAAGGAAAUAAGUUAACCUUGUUCUCAGAGAGAGGGGGACUUUUCAGAUGUGGACCAGGGUGCCACAGAAGUGGGGGUGCUGCAGAAGUGAGGCACCCCCACAUCAGGGUCUGUUCAGGAGGGCGGGGAACCUCGUCCCUGUGCAAGAGGGCAUCGUAGGCAAAGGGAUAGCUUUUAUUUGAGAAGCACAAUGUUUUUUCCUGCUUUGGAAGUUCAGGGACUAUAGAAGAAUUCUGAAUGACAGGUAGGAGCACCUCAUUGCCUAACCCUUGGCUCAGGUCUUUCUCAGGAACCCUCCCUGUAUCUGAGCAGAGUUGGACUUCAAGGUUAACACAGACCCCUAGUGCUCCCCCAAAGGCCUUUGAAUGUAAGGGAUGUACAAACCAAACUACCCCAACAGGAAGUGUAGGACACAGUAGAAUGUCUUUUUUUUUUUUUUUUAACCUGUACCAAAGAAUGGAGAUUUGGGGGCCUGUGGCUCCUAUUCCCUUGAGGGCUGAUUCACUGUAAGCCACAGAGUGGGUCUUCUUGACAUUCAUCUCUUUGAGAACGAGGGUCCAUCCUGGUUCUCUGUACUCUCCUCAUUACUGAGAUCAGACCGGAUUUGAAAGAGUCUCUCGCAUCGCCGGCUGAGGACCAAGAACUGCCCGAGCCAGACCCAAAGCUCAUUUUCUGCCCACAGAGGAAGAGGCAGUCGGGGACAGGAUACGGGGCCAGUCGGAUUGCUUUGGGACGUCCAGUUUGCCUGUGUGGAUUGUGGUGUUCAUUCACAGGACUUUUAAUUUCAGGAUUUUGGAGUGAUCUGAGUGGGGCAGCGGGUGCUGGGGUCAUCUCAGCAGGGAGAAUGGUACACAAUCAAGGAAUCUCUAAGGUAGCUUCACCUGCUGACCCCCAGUUCAGAUUCCUGGGGAUGCGAAAGAGAGUUGCAAGCUCCUUUUAAAAUUUAAUAGUGGGUCCUUCCCCAGUUUAUAUAUCCUUUUAGCCUUUAUUACAUCACCUAAGUGUUAAACUGAUUUUUAAAAAUUUCAUAGAACAGGACAACCAGGAGGCAGCUUCCGCCACCUCCUCCACCGUCUUCCUAACAAACUGCCCUUAAACACUCAAUAUAACUAGCUCUACAUGCUUAAUGAUUCUAAUUGAACAAAUGAAUCUUGACAACUUUCUCAGAAACUUGACUUUAAUUGUGGCUGGGGAAGAGCUGUUUUUCAAUGCUAAUUUGAAAUCAUGACAUGCUUCCCCAGCGUCCCCCUCACGGCUCUCCUGUGGUGGGAAUAUUGGCUGUUCCGGGAGAACUUUUUCUGGUGACUAACAAAUAAAACACUUGACAUUUUACUUAGGAUUUGGUAGCUCUGCCCAGGUUCCCAUCUUGUGACCGAGAUGGUUGGGUCUUGAUUAGUAAGUACAUGGAUAGACGGCUGUGGGCUUGGAGCACAGCGGGUGUGUCCUUGGAGGUCUGUGGCUCCUGACCUUUCUAUAUCCAGAAUAGUGUAGGGCUGGCUUCUAAGGAAUGUGGUCAUAGUUGGAGAACUUUUUGUUUUUAAAACAUGUGGCUGUUUGUGGCCGCCUGAGAUUGGGCUCCUAGCCUGUGGUGGGGGAGUUGGUGCUAAGCACUUUGGAGAAUGUCUCUAAGAUAAUGUGGACUGGUCCAUAUCAUGAUGCUGGCCUGUUUGCUGCGCACCUGCUGCCCGUUCUGAGGCGAUGUCGCACAGGUAUGACAGGAAAGAGACAUCCUGGGUGCUGGGUGGAUGGAAGCGGUCCCUGUGCAGCUCUAGCCUGGUCAGGUGGCAGGAGCCUGAGAGGGUGGGGACCAGGAGAUUCCCAUAGGAAGUGAAAUAUCUUGAGUAUUCAACACCUGGUUGCUACCUGCCUAACAUUCCAAAAGUAUAAUGUGAAAGUAAUCACCAAUCUGUACCUUUUGUUCAUGAGAAGCCAUCUUGUCUUGUCUCCAAACCUGUGCUCUAUUACGGCUGGCAGGUAACUGCUCUUCUUGGUUUGAGCCUAGUGGUCUAGGCUGUUCCCCGAGUGCACUAAACUUCCUCAAUCAAUACCCUUGUUAAGUCUAACUUAUCCGGGGAAGCACACAAGGGUACUUAAAUGGAAUUGGACAGUGUUGGGCCAUCGAGGUUGCCGGGAUGAAGGCACUUUGUGAUGGAUGGCCCAGUGUGUUUCAUGUAGUUAAGCCAAAGCUUAAUCAUUUGAGUUGGGAAGUCUUUUAAGCUUGAAGCAGCACAAUACUGUCUGUGUGUGUGUUGUGUUGGGUUUGGAAGAUGCUAGGGUUGCUGUGUUCUGGUAUUAAAAGGAAUGCCAAAGUUCUAGGCUUGUUUUCCCUGUUGUUUAAGGUGUGUGUGUGUGUGUGUGUGUGUGUGUGUGUGUAGUCUGUCUGUGUCUGUGUGCGUGUGUAUACAUACACACACAGUGGUGCCAAAAUGUAUUUAUUUAGAACAUCUGUCCUACUGAGGUUCUGACCAUCUGGGGCUGUAUUAAGAUGGCGCCAUCACCUGUGUACAUUUACACAGGACUGGGGCUUUCUCUGGCUUCUCCUGAGCCACGGUCACAGGACAGGACACCGCCCCUAACCACACUGAUUCGUUUAGUAUGGAUUUUCUACCU